GCCAGCUGCAGGCGCAAUAAACUGAUCGCGUGCCCUCGGAAACACCCCGACUUGCGCUAAGUUUAAAUAGGAGGUGUGUGUGUGUGUGUGUGUGUGUGUGUGUGUGCGCGCGCGCGCGCGCUGGGUGACGGAUUUUGCCAUUUAUAGCGCGCACAAGUUAAGAGACAGAGUGUGAGUGAGAGCCAUACGCCUCAUGGAUUGCCACUUGUAGUUGUGCAGAAGAAAUAACACCAGCAAACAGAAUAGGACAAAAAGUCAACGCGGACUCUCUAAACUAGUUAUUUUUUAUUUUAACAGGAUUUCCCAUAACUCUAUACACGAAAUGGCACCGUCUCUCUCACAAGCCUACAGAAGGCGCUGGUGGAUGGCCUUGACGGCUAUAAUUGAGAACCUGCUCUUCUCUGCCGUGUUGCUGGGCUGGGGUUCACUCCUAAUCAUGCUCAAGGCUGAGGGUUUCUACUCACAUUUGUGCAUAGAAAAUGAGACUGAGCAUCAUGUUAACAGAAGCAUGGAGGAGAGCUCUGUGUGGCCGAGCUGUGAUGAGCAAGAGGAGAUACUAAAUCUUGGCUUUACGAUUGGCUCGUUCAUCAUCAGCGCAGCCACUCUGCCACUGGGAAUCCUGAUGGACAAGUAUGGGCCACGCCCCCUACGGCUGCUGGGCAGUUCCUGUUUUGCCUUCUCAAUGAUUUUGAUUGCUGUGUCAGCAUAUGAUCCUUCAAUAUUAUCGCCUCUCAUCUUUAUUGCUGUCUCCUUCAAUGGCUUUGGAGGAAUAUGUCUGACCUUUACUUCAUUAACGCUCCCCAAUAUGUUUGGAAAUGUGCGUUCCACCAUUCUUUCACUCAUGAUUGGUUCCUAUGCUUCCUCUGCAGUUACCUUCCCAGGAGUCAAGCUAAUCUAUGAUCUAGGGGUGUCAUUCCACUUGAUCUUCUGGGUGUGGGCAGGCUUGGCAUGCCUCGUCUUCCUCAACUGCUUAGUUAAUUGGCCUGUGGAGCCUUUUCCCGCCCCUGAGGAGAUCAGCUACAUUAAAAAAAUAAAGCUGAGUGGUGUAGCAAUGGAUCAUAAGGUAACAGGGGAUCGCUGUUACAAUCAUGUAACCACUGUAGGGCAGGAAAUGACUAAAAAACACGUUUUGGAGGAGUAUAAACAAGGCACUGGAGCAGCUGCACAGAUCCAGGGUACCCAGCCAUUUUGCCGUUCUGUGUGUUCUGCUAUCUUCUUGUGGAGUUUGAUCACCAUGGCUAUGACCCAGCUCCGCAUCAUAUUUUAUAUGGGAGCCAUGAAUAAGAUGCUGGAGUUCCUGGUUACACACGGUGACCCGAAUGCGCCAGAAGAGUUGGUGAAAGAAGCAGAAGAACAAGUGAGCUUCUACUCAUCUGUCUUCGGCACUAUGCAGCUGCUGUGUCUCCUGACCUCCCCUCUUAUUGGUUAUAUCAUGGACUGGAAGAUGAAAGAGUGCGAGGAGGAUAAUAGCUUGGUGGAUGGAGAGAAAAGGCCACCUAAGAGAGACAGAAAGAUCCAGAAACUCACCAAUGCAGUCAGAGCUUUUUUCUUCACCAACUUCUUGCUGGUGUUGUUUGGCAUCACAUGCUUGAUAGACAACCUUCCUCUCCAGUUGGUGUCCUUUGUUCUUCAUACUGUUGUAAGAGGUUUCAUUCAUUCUUGCUGUGGAGGACUCUAUGCUGCAGUGUACCCAUCUAACCACUUUGGCACUCUGACGGGCCUGCAGUCUCUACUGAGCGCCCUGUUCGCGCUCCUCCAGCAGCCACUGUUUGUCGUCAUGUUGGGUCCAUUCGGGGGAGACCCAUACUGGAUCAACUUUGGGCUGCUUAUUUUCUCACUGGCUGGCUUCCUGUUGCCAGGAUACCUGUUCUACCAUCGUAGACAACUCAUUAAACAGAAGAAGGUACGGGAUCAGGCAGCAACUGGCCAAUCAGCAGUUGUUCUUAACCAAUCAGCAAAUGGCCCUGACAAACUCCACAGUGAUGGGCUUGAUACAGACGAGAUUUAAGAAGGAACAAUAUAGAAAACUAAUUUGUGACAAAGUCAAUGCAUUCUUGCUUUUCUGAACAACAGACUUGAAUACAAACAACCAAAGCAUUACACCAUGGACAUUUUAAUGAGACAUUUAGGAAAAUUUCGAUUCAGCCAUAUGUUGGGAUUUUAAAAAAAGGGAGCAAUUACAGAAAGGUCCAAAUUUUCAAAUCGCACAAUUUGCAAAUUCUAUGGAUGCAGCUUUUAGGUCUUGUGACAGAAGCAGCAGGAUUGUUUUUAUUUAAAAAAAAUUAAUAGACCUCAUUUAUCAAGCAAAACAUCAGAAAAACAUUCGUAUUCUAUAAAAAAAGAUUUUUUACACACAAGCAGACUCAUUAAAGUGAACCUCGACUUGAAGUUUUCAUAUUGCAUAAUUGAUGUGCAUAAAUUAAAAUACAUAAGACUAAAAAAAGAAAUGGCACCCAAUAACAGGAGGAAGAGAUAGUCUCAGUCUGUGGUAGCCGAUGCAGUAGCUGAGCUGCAUUAUUGGAGGAUUUAACCACAUCGUGCUUAGAAGACACUCUUUCACAAUUUAGUUGUCAUUCUGUCAUUUUCAGCUCUCUGAUAGCUUUGCUUUUUAUGGUGUUUCGUGUUGUGGGCAUCACUAAACAUAAAUCUGCUGUGCUGUGAAUGUGCUUGGUCAUUUACAAGAGUGUACAAAGAAACUUGUUACCGAAACCUGUAAAUCUGGUGGGAAUUUAGGUUUGGCCUACAAAAACAUUUACAUAUCACAUUAUGCUGACUGGUUGCUAUCACCUUAAGCUACCUCUAGUUAGAGCUCAGUUAAACAUUACAUCUAAUUUGUAGUCUGUUGGUACUGCAUGUGUCUGUUUAGAGCUCUUUUUAAUAGUAAUGUUCUGUUAGUUACUGUAGUUUACACUGAGUGGAUGAACGAAUGUACAUUUGCUUAUUAUUCUGCUUACUAGUUUGUUUUAAUGCAUGUUUUGUUUGGCAGUCAGUGUUUCUAUUUCUUGUGUCAUGAGGUCAUGAGUUCAAACCCUAGCACUGUCCUGGUUGGGUCCUUGAGCAAGACCUUUAAUCCUAAACUGCUCAACUGUAUUCUGUCUCAACUAUAAGAGACUUUGGAUAAAAUCCUCAGCCAAAUGAGUAAAUGCACAUAAAUUUAUAGUUGUAAAAUUAUUUGCUAACUGCACUCUGAGCUUGUACAUUACUUUGCACUUGAAGUGUAUGAUUACAUUUUCAUGUCAGAGUUAUAGCACUAUAGAAAAAUUACUUUAACAGCAGUCAGUCUACUUUAGAUGCAGAAUUUCAUGAUAUUGGGAGAAUAAGAUAAGCUAGUCCUAUUUAUUGACAUACUGUAAACGACCUGAAUGUUUUUGUGGACUUCCACCUUAAGGUUUGAUGAGUUGCACUUCUGCUAUCAGAGAUUUAUUUGUCUGUGAACUUGCUUUUUAUGUAUUAAUCUUUCUCAUAACAAAUGUUAGACAACAGUCCGGACCUUCAGCAAGAAGGUUACAUGGUUAUAUAUAUGGAUGCACUAGAUGGACUUCUUUUUUAAUGAAAAUGCCUAGUGCUGUGGGAGCUGAACAGUGUUGGGUCUGUGAUAGUGACUAGAAUGUUGUCAGUUCAAAUCCCAGGGUUGCCAGAGAGCCACUGUUUAAUCCCCAGCUGCUUAGCCAUUUUUUAAAAUUACUUUCUGCCUCCUUUAUAAAGAAUUUUGGAUAAAACAAGUAAAUGCACUGUACUUUAUUUGUUAUUUGUUGAAAACCUAUCAGGGUUUCUAUUUAAAGUUUAUAUUUUAUUCUGUAAUCAGAAGUGCUAUUUACAAUGUGAGGAAACAUAAAUUACAUAUAUAAAUUGAUUGCUCUAUAUUUUCUUAAAUAUUUACCUUUGUAAAUAUUUUAUGAAUAGUGGGAAAAAAAUAGAGUGAAAUAUGAAUCACAAGCCAGUGUAAAAAUUGCAAAGUGUUUUACUGACUUAAUGAAAGAUGUUCAGUGUCACAGUGUCCAUGACAUUUUUUCCUUAUUAAUUUAUUAUUGCAUAAAUAAACAUACAAUUACUAACUGAUGUAACAAAUAUGGUUUGUUGUCUCGUCUGAAGCAUAUACACAAGUAACAUACAUGAGUAAAAAUAAAGGCCUGCAGUGCUCUCAUUUAUGCAAUCUCUCUCUCUCUCUCUCUCUCUCUCUCUCUCUCUCACACACACA